AUGGAUGUAAGAAGAAAUCAAAUACUCUCUGCAAGGUACUAUGGGCCCUUUAGGGUCAUUGAGAAGAUUGUCACUAUGGCCUAUAAGCUACAACUUCUAGUUGAAUCCAAAAUACACCCGGUCUUUCACAUUUCUCAACUGGAGAAAAAGAUUGGUGCUGCUGUUAUCCAUGCCCCUCUAUUAUCAUUGGUCAAUCAGCAAGAUACACGUAUCAACAUUCCCUUCAGUUUCUUCUUCCACAAUUUUCUCGGAUCUAUAAAAUCCCGUCUCAAGAAUUCAUUUACUCCUCUUUGGAAAGCUCUAGAAAGCCUCCUCCUUCUUUCCAAAGAGCCCAAGGCUAACAAGAAAACUUCACAGAGUUGCAGUUCCAUCGAUUCUCUUGGAAAGCCAGCAAAACUUCUCCCAGUUUUAGCUUUGUGCAUUUCUGCCCAAUUUAGUGUCAAAUUUUCAAUGGACGAAUACUCGGUUUCCGCUUUCUUAAAAUUCAAGACAUAUACAGUCAAGCUCCAUAGUGGUUGCGUUUUUCCUAAUCGAUAGUGGCUCUGAUCGCAAUUUUGGACUUCUCCAUCCAAAUAUGGCUGCUGCCAUCUGCCAGCAUACAAAACCAGCAACCUAAAGUAUACACCAUGCCUAGAUGAAACAUAACAGAACCUAGAAUUAAAUAAUAACCUAAAUGUGAUUCCUCCUCGCAAUAAAAUGUUGCGAGCCUU